AUUGGUAUGCGGGUAGAAAAAGUAAACAAAAUUGACUUAAUUUGAAAAUUCUUGAAAAAAGGCAAAAAGGCAGCAGAAAACAAAUUUCCUAUCAAAUAAAGAAAAAACGGAUUGAAAAACUCCAGCAAAACAAUGUCACUUUUCGAAAAUCCCGAUCACAUACGCAUGUUGCGCGACUUAUUCACACCACCUGAGGAGCGAGACAACUCUGACACCGAUGACGACGAACCAAUUGCCAGCACCGGCAUACGCAACAAUCUCACACCCGCAAAUAUUGGCAAAGACAGCAAUGAAGCGGGCGGCAAACAAAAACCAGCGCAGACCGAAAAUGCACCUGAGCGACCAGUGCCAGCCAGCAUUGAAGAAUGGCAGCAACAGCAGGCGCGGGAAGACGCCGAGGUUUUAGAGACACGCCAGCGACCAGAGUACAGUAUGACCUAUAGACAAGCGGUGGGCACCGAGGACCUUUACUUGCAGAUGGGCAAUCGCACUAAUGCCACGGCCAGUUGUGAGGAUUUGCUGCUAGAAAUACUGCUGCCGAACGAGACGACACCAGCGGAUAAAAUGGAUUUGUCAAUUACCGAAGAUGAAGUGGAUUUGGCGACGCCAAUUUAUCGCCUCAAAUUGCCACUGCCGCACAAGGUGAAUGUGGAUCGUUGCAAGGCCAAAUACGAUGCCGAACUGCGCAAACUCUGUCUGAUUUUGCGACUGCAACGUGAAUUCGAUUAUGUGAACUUUUAGAAGCGCCGAGGCUAAGCUGUCCGGCCCGUUUGCCCGCCACUAACUACUGCGCCAAAAAUUUAUGCAUUGCAGUGGAUUUGUUUUUCGCUCUAUUUUGUAUGCAAUAAAUAUUGU